AUGGCCAACCCAAGACGGGAAUGCAAGGCCAUCACACUUAGAAGUGAGAAAGUCAUAGAAGAGGCAAUCCCAAGCCAGGACAACCAUGAAGAAGAAGCUGUAGAAAAGCAUGGAAACAAGAAUGAAGAGACCCCUGCCCCAUCCUCACCAAAGUCAGUCUUGAAGCCUUAUGUGCCAAAGGCACCAUAUCCACAAAGGCUGAGAAAGGAUGGGAAGGAUGGCCAGUUCUCUAGAUUCUUAGAGAUCAACAUACAAUUUACUGAAGCAUUAGAGCAAAUGUCACUUUAUGCCAAAUUCUUGAAGGAGCUCAUGACAAGAAAAAGGAAUUGGGAAGAAAAAGAGACCAUAGUGCUAACUGAGGAGUGUAGUGCUAUCAUACAAAAGAAGCUCCCUCAGAAAAUGAAACACCCAGGAAUUUUCCAAAUCCUCUGCAUCAUAGGAGAUAUCAAUAUUGAGAAAGUCUUGUGUGACCUGGGUGCAAACAUCAAUCUCAUGUCCCUAACCAUGAUGAGGAGGAUGAAGAUUGAGGAAGCAAGGCAACAAGAAUGGCACUCCAAUUGGCUGACAGAACAUUCAAGUUUCCACAUGGGAUAG